UAAAAUCAUGACACAUGUAGGUGCAUCUCCCUCUUUCUCUCUCUACAUCUUUUUCACGGUACUGAACAAAGGUGCAGUAGUAUUAAAGGCCACUCACAAGACUUCUUCCUCACGCUUUGCUUUUGUUUUCUCUCUCUCGUUUGAACUCAGGGUAGAAGAGAGAGAAGGUUAGAGAGAGAGAGAGAGACGGAGAGAGAAAAUGGGACGAGCCCCUUGUUGUGAUAAGCAGGGGCUGAAAAAGGGGCCAUGGACCCCUGAAGAAGACCAAAUCCUUGUUCAAUACAUAAACACUCACGGCCAUGGAAGCUGGCGCUCACUCCCCAAACUUGCAGGGUUGCUUAGAUGUGGAAAGAGUUGCCGCUUACGCUGGACUAAUUACUUGAGACCAGAUAUCAAGCGUGGCCCUUUCACACCCGAGGAGGAGAAAACCAUCAUUCAAUUGCAUGGUCUACUUGGAAAUAGGUGGUCCUCCAUAGCCUCUCAGCUCCCUGGACGCACCGAUAACGAGAUCAAAAACUUUUGGAACACUCACCUCAAGAAGCGCCUCUCCCUCUGUGGGCCCCUCCUUGAGUCGUCCACAUCACCCGCCACGUCAUCACCGCUAAUGGGACCCAUUCCUUCCAUGACAACGUCCACCCGCCACAUGGCCCAGUGGGAAAACGCCAGGUGUGAUGCCGAGGCCCGCCUCUCCCUCCAAAACCAAUACCAGAACCAGAACCAAAACAGCCUCUUCCAAAACCACCAGAGUCGAAAGGCGGUUUCUGACCACUUCCUCAAAAUCUGGUAUUCUGGCGUCGGGGAAUCGUUCCGGCAAUUUUCCGGCAAGUACGACGACCUCUCUCCGGCGACCUCAUCCACGAAGAGGCCCCAUGGGUCGGAUUCCUGCGAAUUCAAUGUCCGAGUGUCAGAUUCUGUGGAACUUAACGGCCAAGUCCCCGAUUCCGGCGAAGUUGAUGCUUCCCGUUUUGGUUCUGUCGAGAUGAGUGGCGGGUGUUUGGACUCGAGCGAGGUGAAGGGCUUUCAAAUGGAUUCGGGUGAGAUGAACGGUGCAGAUUUGGACUCGACUGAGAUCGACGGUGGUGGAUUGGAUUCGGGUGAUUUUAAGGCAGAGGACUCGGCUAGCUCGAGCGAAUUGGAAGUGACUGGUGCGUCAUUUACGGCCUUGUUGGGGACCGAAAUAUUGCUGGAUUUUUCCCAGGCCAUGGCCGAGUCGCCAAACUUCGGUGGUUUUAACUCGCGGUCGAACCCUCAGAUGUUGCCUUGGAACGAUAUAAAGUCCGAGUUUUGACUGUUUAGGGGUGAUGUGCUGUAAUUAAAAUGACCUUGCUUUUAUCAUUAUGCUUAAAAAUACCCCUGACUUUUUAGAGCCAUACGUUUGGUCCCAGUAGUGUCAUUUUUGUUUUCUUUCUUUUUUUUGUUAUCUUGUUUGCCAACACCCUUUGUUUUGAAAUUCCCUAGCCUUUUUGGUUCCUCAAGGGUAACUUGGUAUUUUAUGUGGGUCUCUUCAGUGUUAGGGCUUAUGUUAGAAGCAGGGGUCGUUUUGUUGAGUGAUUAGGAAGUGUUUUUUAUGGCCAUGAAGGGGCAUUUUGGUCACCUAGUUUUUGUCCUUUUGUCAAAAGUUUUUUGGGGUAGGAUAUUUGAAUUUGUAGUGCUUAUUAUUACACAUAUAAUGCAUGUUUUACUUUUUUGGGUAAUUUGUGGGAUUUUUGGCUACUUUUUUGAGUAAUUUGUGGGGUUUUUGGCUGGGUUUUAUGUAAAGCCAUGGAAGCAGGUAAAGGAAGGGGUUAAAGGUGAAGAUAGAUGGUAAAUAUUUUGAUUUUGUUCGAUAUGGACAUUAUUUGUAACAUAAGACAUUUUGGCUUUUCUGUGAUAAUGGAAAGGAAAAGUUAUGUA